CUUUUCUUUUCACGUACUUGUCAUUGGAUUCUUCUGUGCUCACUGGAGCCGCAUCAAGAAUUGUGCCAUGGAAAUCAACGAACAGACAUAUGCUGCGCUUCAACAGUAUUUGCAGCAAACGCUCAAUCCAGCUACUCAAAAGCAAGCUGAACGACAACUCGCCGAAGUCGAAAUUCAACAAAACUUUCCUUUGCUCUUGUUGAAACUUAUUAGCGAUGAAUCGGCUGAUCUUACCCUUCGUUUCGCCGGAUCUCUAUUCUUCAAAAAUUAUAUUAAACGUCAUUGGGUUCCUGAUAAUGAAAACGCCAACCACAUUGCCAUGCAAGACCGAAUGGCUAUCAAGGCGCAGAUCAUCCAAAUUAUGAUCAGUGUUCCCGAAAAGCUUCAAUUGCAAAUCAGCGAUGCUUUGAGCAUCAUUGCUGAAGAAGAUUUUCCGGAAAACUGGGAUAACCUUCUUCCCGAACUUGUUAGCCGCCUCAGUCCCACUGAUUAUCGCACGAACAACGGUAUCCUUCAGACGGCCCACUCCAUUUUCAAGAGAUGGCGAUCCAAAUUCCGAACCGACGCUUUAUUCGCUGAUAUCAAAUAUGUCCUGGAUCAAUUUUGCCAACCUUACAUGCAACUUUUUCAAAUUACGGAUAAGCUGAUCACGGAAAACGCGACCAAUGAGGCAGCUCUUCGCAUUUUAGCUCAAUCCUUGAUUUUGCUGAUCAAGAUUUACUAUGAUCUCAAUUGCCAGGAUCUUCCAGAGUUCUUUGAGGACAACUUGCCGACAUUUUCCGAAUUGUUCUCAAAGUAUCUGGUUUACGGCAAUACGUUACUCGAGAGCCAAGAUGAGGAUGAGGCCGGUCCAUUAGAAAAGAUCAAGUCGGGUAUCUGCGAUAUCAUCGAACUAUACACACAACGAUACGAAGAAGAUUUCCCUCAGCUGCCUUCUUUUGUGCCCCUCAUUUUCGACUUGCUUGCUAGUGCAGGCCAGGAAGCCAAAUAUGACACUAUGGUGUGCAAAGCUUUGGCGGUUAUGACAAGUAUCGUGAAGCUUGAAAAACACGCUCAUCUUUUUGCUUCUGAAGAGACAAUGAAGAAUAUGUGUGAAAAGAUUGCUUUGGCUAACAUUUCGAUGAGAACUGCGGAUGAGGAAUUGUUUGAAGACAAUCCCAUUGAAUAUAUUCGCCGUGACUUGGAAGGCUCUGAUACUGAUACACGUCGACGAGCUGCUGCGGAUUUCAUUCGCGGCCUUUUGGAACGUUUCGAACCUCAAGUGACAUCCAUCAUGUCACAAUAUAUCACCCACUAUUUGGCCCAAUACAAUGUGAACCCGCAACAGAAUUGGCAAGAUAAAAAUACCGCCAUCUUUUUGCUUGUUGCUAUUGCCACCCGUAAUGUGACAACUCAGUUGGGCGUCACAAAAACAAACGAAUUAGUGGAUGUCGUGGACUUUUUCAGCAAGAACAUUCUGACCGACCUUCAAAGCGACAUCAAUGCUGGCAAUCCUAUUCUCAAGAUGGAUGCGAUCAAAUAUCUGUACACGUUCCGCAACCAGUUGACGAAAGAUCAGCUCUUGACCGUGUUCCCAUUGUUGGUCAAUCACUUGAAGUCGAAAGAUUAUGUGGUCCAUACCUACGCUGCGAUUGCUAUCGAACGUAUUCUCUUCAUCCGACAAGGCAAACAGAUGCUUUUUACCGCAGCAGAUAUUAAGCUGUACACCGAAGAACUGCUGUCGCUUCUUUUCGCUUUAAUCGAACGAGGUGACACGCCGGAAAAGUUGUCUGAAAAUGACUACUUGAUGAGAGCUGUCAUGCGCGUGAUCAUCACCAGUCGUCAGGAUAUGACUCCCUAUGUGAACGCUAUCAUGAAGAAGCUCACGGAUAUUUUGGCCAUGGUUAGCAAGAAUCCUAGCAAUCCCAGGUUCAACCAUUACAUUUUUGAAAGCAUUGGUGCCCUCAUCAGAUUCAUUUGCCCAAUUUCGGAUACUGCUGUGACAGAAUUUGAAAAUCUCUUGUUUCAACCUUUCCAAGCCAUUCUUUACCAAGAUGUUCAAGAAUUUACGCCUUACGUUUUCCAGCUGUUGGCCCAGCUUCUUGAACAUCAUACCGGUACAGAAUUGCCGCAAAUGUAUAUUGGCUUAUUGGAUCCUUUGUUGAAUCCUGGCAUUUGGGAACAAGGCAAUAUCCCUGCCCUUGUUCGUUUAUUGCAAGCUUAUAUGUCACGAGGCAUCAACACCAUCUUGGCUAACAACAAGUUGGAGACCAUUCUCGGUAUCUUCCAGCAGAAGUUGGUCUAUUCACGCCAAAAUGAUCAUUACGGUAUGCUGCUAUUGAAUACUGUUAUCAAACAUGUUCCUAUCGAGGUAUUGCAUGGAUACUUGCCGGCUUUGGUGGCUUCCAUUAUGAAGCGUCUCAUGAGCAAGAAGAAAGGCGACAAGAUUAUUUAUGAUCGCUUUACCCGUAACUUCACCUUGUGGGUGUGCUUGUUCUUUACUUUGGAGCGUUUGACAAGCCCUGAUGUAUUGAUCAGCGUGUGCGAUAGCUUGCAACCAGGUUUAUUUGGACAAAUCAUGUCACUGUUCGUGAUGCCUGACCUGAAUGCGCUGCGUGACCCUAUUGACUACAAGACAUGUGGUAUUGGGGUUGUACGCUUAUUGACAAAGAGCAAUCUCAUGCUCCAAGAGCCCUAUGCCAGCCAACUCUGGCCCAAAGUGAUGACAUCGUUGUUCCAGCAACUCGAAUUGCCUCCAGUAGCAAGCGACGAAGGUCCAGAUGAACUCUAUACUUUGGAUAUUGAAGAGGGCGGAUACCAAACAACCUUUGCCAAAUUGGCUACUUCAGCCCCAGUCCGCGAUGAUCCCACCGCAUCAUUGCCGUCGUGUCCUAUUUAUCUAGCUCAACAAUUGGUGGCCAUGCCAGCGGAAAAGCGUGCGCUGGUGAAAUCAUUGUUGUCACAAGCGAGCGGGGCAGAGCAAUUUUUACCCAAAUAUUUCGAAAAUGCUGGCCUUUCCAUGUCGCAGUUGUAAAGUAUUUUAUCCCACAAGAAAGUAAUGCAAAGAGAGAACGAAAAAAAAAGCAGUAAAAAGAUUCCUAUUAUACAUUCUACAGUCGAGGCCACAUUCUGUUAGAAUGCCUAAAUAAAGCAGUGUAGUUUAGGCCUACGUAAAGCAGCCAGUGAAAUCUUGAGAAUCAAAAAAAA